CCAGCGCGGCAGUCGGCGCUACAAGCGGAGCGGCGCGGAGGGAGCGUAGGGCGCGGCGGGCGCGACCGGCGGGCUGGGGCACAGGAGUGUGCGCCGCCUUCGGGGCUCCUCUCCGCGCGCCAGGGCGCGGGCACCACCUCGGCCCCCUCGGGCCGGCACCAGGCUCGGGGCGCCAGGAGUCGGGGGCAGCCCUCCGGGGCGCCGGGACCAUGGCGCUGCGCGCCCGGGCGCUGUACGACUUCAGGUCGGAGAACCCGGGCGAGAUCUCGCUGCGGGAGCACGAGGUGCUGAGCCUGUGCAGCGAGCAGGACAUAGAGGGCUGGCUCGAGGGGAUCAACAGCCGCGGGGACCGCGGCCUCUUCCCGGCCUCGUACGUGCAGGUGAUCCGAGCCCCCGAGCCCGGCCCGGCGGGCGACGGCGGCCCGGGCGCCCCGGCCCGCUACGCCAACGUGCCACCCGGCGGUUUCGAGCCCCUGCCCGCCGUGCCGCCCGCCUCCUUCAAGCCGACGCCCGACGCCUUCCAGCCGCUGCUGCAACCGCAGCAGGCGCCACCGCCGAGCACCUUCCAGCCGCCGGGCGCUGGCUUCUCGUAUGGCGGGGGUGCCCUGCAGCCGUCGCCGCAGCAGCUCUACGGCGGCGGCUACCAAGCCAGCCAGGGGAGCGACGAUGACUGGGACGACGAGUGGGACGACAGCUCCACGGUGGCUGACGAGCCUGGCGUGCUGGGCAGCGGCGCGUACCCGGACCUCGACGGCUCGUCGUCGGGGGGCGUCGGCGCUGCGGGCCGCUACCGCCUGUCUACGCGCACCGAUUUGUCGCUGGGCUCCCGCGGCGGCUCGGCGGCCCCGCAGCACCACCCGUCGGGGGCCAAGAGCUCGGCCACCGUGAGCCGCAACCUCAACCGCUUCUCCACCUUCGUCAAGUCGGGCGGGGAGGCUUUCGUGCUGGGCGAGGCGUCGGGCUUCGUGAAGGACGGGGACAAGCUGUGCGUGGUGCUGGGGCCCUACGGCCCCGAGUGGCAGGAGAACCCCUACCCCUUCCAGUGCACCAUCGACGACCCCACCAAACAGACCAAGUUUAAGGGCAUGAAGAGCUACAUCUCCUACAAGCUGGUGCCCACGCACACGCAGGUGCCAGUGCACCGGCGCUACAAGCACUUUGACUGGCUGUAUGCGCGCCUGGCCGAGAAGUUCCCCGUCAUCUCGGUGCCCCACCUGCCCGAGAAGCAGGCCACCGGCCGCUUCGAGGAGGACUUCAUCUCCAAGCGCAGGAAGGGCCUGAUCUGGUGGAUGAACCACAUGGCCAGCCACCCGGUGCUGGCGCAGUGCGACGUCUUCCAGCACUUCCUGACCUGCCCCAGCAGCACCGACGAGAAGGCCUGGAAACAGGGCAAGAGGAAGGCCGAGAAGGAUGAGAUGGUGGGCGCCAACUUCUUCCUGACCCUGAGCACACCCCCCGCCGCUGCCCUCGACCUGCAGGAGGUGGAGAGCAAGAUCGACGGCUUCAAGUGCUUCACCAAGAAGAUGGACGACAGCGCGCUGCAGCUCAACCACACGGCCAAUGAAUUCGCACGCAAGCAGGUGACGGGCUUCAAGAAGGAGUAUCAGAAGGUGGGCCAGUCCUUCCGCGGCCUCAGCCAGGCCUUUGAGCUGGACCAGCAGGCCUUCUCGGCCGGCCUGAACCAGGCCAUCGCCUUCACCGGAGAUGCCUACGACGCCAUCGGCGAGCUCUUCGCCGAGCAGCCCAGGCAGGAUCUGGACCCCGUCAUGGACCUGUUAGCGCUGUAUCAGGGGCACCUGGCCAACUUCCCCGACAUCAUCCACGUUCAGAAAGGAGCUCUUACCAAAGUAAAGGAGAGUAGGCGACACGUGGAAGAAGGGAAGAUGGAGGUCCAGAAGGCUGAUGGCAUUCAGGAUCGCUGUAACACUAUUUCUUUUGCCACUUUGGCAGAAAUUCACCACUUCCAUCAAAUUCGAGUAAGAGACUUUAAAUCACAGAUGCAGCAUUUCUUACAACAACAAAUAAUAUUUUUCCAAAAAGUGACGCAGAAGUUGGAAGAGGCUCUUCACAAAUAUGAUAGUGUUUAAUGACUGGAGGUUGGAUUAUGGACUUUUUUUUCAGUUCAAGGAUAAUUUCUACAGCAGAAUAAAAACUGCUAUCAAAGAGCUAUUGCCAACUGUCAGCAGUGGUACAAGGAUGGUUUUGUGUUCAACUAAAACUCGGCUGAAUAUAUAAUUAUGUAGGAAAGAAGCAGUUAAUAUGGUUAUAUAAUAGAAACAGUACCACACAUUGUAACUAAAUUAUACUAUGUAUGCCUACACUACCAUUGUAACUUUUGGAAUAAUGAUUAUACUCUUUGCCUUAUUGCUUUUUGAAGUAUGGGUAUUUUAGUGCAUACUUUGUAGACCUCAAAACCCAUGAAGGGUCUCAAAGAAGCUGGCUGGAUAAAAGCCUGCUGUGGAUGCCUUUUUACUCUCACAGAUUGGGAUUACCUAAAUUCAACUUAUUCUCUGUUUACAAACUCCAACUAGAGCAGCUAUGCGACUUUGUGCCUUUAAACUCUUGGUUUUUUCAUUUCUCCACCCGCCCACCCCCUUUUUAAAGUAACCACAACUUUCUGACUGAAAGAGUGAAAGGCCAGUGCACAUAAUGACAAACUGCCGGGAACCUCCUCUUGAUGCUGGGGGUGGGGUGGGAGGAUCAGCUGUCAUCAGUUUGCCCAGCAAGUUUUGUCUCCUGAUACCUGCUGGUGAGCCCAGUGGAGGGACACGCAUGCUCAUCUUUGGAUGUGGUGUCUGUUAGGGAAGAAAACGGUGCCACUCUGUUCCCUUAGAUGCUACAGUAGCAUAGCCUCUUCGCUCAAGUGUCCUGGAAACUUGGUGUGGAGAUUUCAUCGAACAUGUCUUAUAACCCAGAGAAGGAGUCUAAUCAAUUGGAGACACGAGCACAGAAUCAGUGACAACACACACUCGGUUUUAAUUCUUAGGAGGGUUUUCUUUUCUUUUUUUUCUUUCAGCUUGAAGAUUUUCUUUCUUUUUUUUUUUUUUUUUUGCGGUAUGUGGGCCUCUCACUGCUGUGGCCUCUCCCGUUAAGGAGCACAGGCUCCGGAUGUGCAGGCUCAGCGGCCAUGGCUCACGGGCCCAGCCGCUCCGCAGCAUGUGGGAUCUUCCCAGACCGGGGCACGAACCCGCGUCCCCUGCAUCGGCAGGCGGACUCUCAACCACUGUGCCACCAGGGAAGCCCUGAAGAUUUUCUUUUAACAUUCAGUGUAAUUUUUGUUUUGUUUUGUUUUGUUUUGUUACUGGAUCUACACUGUUAACUGAUGGAGACUCCACUGUGAUUCACUCGUUUACUUAAUCAAAAACUUUUCAGGGAUGUCUGUAAAAUUCAGUGUUAUACGUGAUGAAAAGUAGUGUUGGUUGAUCUAAGGAGGGACCAGAAAUAAUUUCUGCUAUUCCAAAUGCUGACGGAAAAAAGUAAUUGUUUUUGUUUCUGUUUUUAAGUAUUGAUAAGCCCCCGGAACAUUUAACCUUAAAAAUUACUUUAAGUAUAUUCUUUUAUUAUUAUAAGGGAAAUACGAUGGCUGAUAAAUACCAAAACGAUUCAAAAGCAGCUUAAUUUAAAAAGCACAAAGAGAUUCUGGUUAGAAAUGCCAAAAUCUCAAUGUUUUUAUAGUUGCUGAGCUCAAUAAUGUGAUUCUUGAGUUUACAGAUUUAAAAACUGUCACUGAAAGGUUAAAGUAUUUACUGUUUUUAAUGAAGUCAAACUUAUGCUGCCUCAGAAAUCCCUGGGUAUGAAAAUGGUAACACAGAAGUAAAGAGGUCAGUUCGAAAUGCUGGUGAGUCACAUCGAUUAAAGAAAAGGGUCAAUUUGCAGAUAGUCAUACAAAGAGAAGGUUAUUGAAAUGAUUACUCAACAGCAUAUUUACUCUAAAAAGUAAUCUCACAUGGGUUGAAUUUUUAAGAUCAGGGUAUCAUAAUUUUGAUCAAAACUUUAUACCUUAGGUAACUUAGAGCCAGAUUUAACAUCAUGUGGCUUUGUCUCUACUACCAACAUGUGGAACUGUAACCAAAUAUAUUGUUCUUUAAAAAAUAACUUUCUCUUGUUGAUUGAAAAAUACAGUUCUAUAAACAAAACCCAUAUAUAUAUAUAUAUAUAUGUGUGUGUGUAUAUAUAUAUGUGUGUAUAUAUAUAUAUAUAUAUAUGUGUGUGUGUAUAUAUAUAUAUAUAUAUAUAUAAAUGUUAUUGCAGAAGUUUGGAGAUUAUAAUGAUAGCAUUUAAUUUAAGUUUGAGUCUGUAUUGGACAAAUAAGCACUAUGCUUUUCAGAUGAUUGGAAAAUCAGUUUUACUUGCCUCCUUUUUUGGCAGUGGUUUGAUUUUUGUUUGUUUGUUUAAGUAAAAAUCACUAAACUUUGCAAUGGUAGCAUUGAAAUUAUCUGAGGCGUCUUGUAUGAUUGUGCUUUGGCCAGGGUGGACAUAGCUUAAAUUAUAAAAACUACAGAUUAAAGAAAAAGGAAGUAUAAGUUCAUGCUGCCUAUUUAGAAGAGAACUUUCAUUCUUCAUAACUAUAUAACAUUAUAAUGCCACUGAUUCAUAAGGGGUUUAAAUUAAUUCUGUGGGGUAGGACACCGGAAUUAUUAGUGUUCAUUUUCAUCUAAGAUCUUUAUAUCUCUAACGUUCUUGGUCCUAUUGAAACAUUUCAGUAUACAAAAAUACUGCAAUGUUAAUACCCAAGAGAAAAGCCAUCAUAAUGUGUAUGCUGGUCAUUAUGAUCAGUGUGGUACAAUUUUUUAAAAUAAACUAUCAUGCCCUUCA